AUGACCCUGAAAGCCAUACAGAAGAAGCGCGCAGCCAACAUACUGCGGUCUUACGCCGAAGGCAUCCAUGCGGAACUGGUCAAACUCAGGGGAGAGCCAGGGGACCACGCAGACCAGGAGCUGAAGCUAACGACCCAGCUCGAAGCCAACCUCGCGAGAGUAGCGAUGUUGCAUAAGCAGGCGGAGCUCAUGCAACAUCAGGCUGCGCAGGCCAAAGAGGAGCUCAGCAACAUCCGCUCCUCAACCGACCGGUCUCGAGUGGUCGGAGUAGGUAGGUGCCGAUAUGCGAUGUGGCCCACUGCACUAAAUACAGAAUGCAACAUGCUGAAAAUUGGGCCGUUGUUUUACUCCGCCCGGAGCGACGACGUCGAGCACAAGGACAAGGUGCCGCUCAUGGCCAAGCUGAACGGAAACGCCCUGGUGCUCUACCACGAGAAGGAGCCUCAGCUGACAUUCUACUUGGUGGAUGUCGAGCUGCCGACAAGGCCUGUGGAGAGCGCCCCGAGCUGCUUCUCCUUCACCUACCGAGGAGCCGAGCAGGCCCUCUGCGCCGGAUCCGAGAUGUCCUGCCACACGUGGAUGAAUGCGCUGACGGAAGCGUGGUUCUGCAAAAACCAGGGUAUCAGGGGCGUCAUGACCAACACGAGGCAUGAGAAGAAAGAAGAGCCGAGCAAAAAGGACGGCAAGAAGAAAAAAGAUAAGGAAAAGGCGGACGACAACACCAUUAUGAAACACGCCGUUAAAGAGGACCCCAAUAAGGCACUCGUCAACAUGGAGGUUUACGUCGACGACAAAAACAAAACCCACAUGAUCGUCAACGGAAAGGAGAGGCCCGUGACCGCCGUUGCCGAUCUCAUAAACAUAAAAGAGAUCAUGCAGCAGGUGAAGGACGAGAAGAAGUGA